CGGGCGGACGCCAUGGACACCAGCGACCGGCCGGGGCUGAAGAAAUCCCGCAUGUCCUGGCCCUCCUCCUUCCACGGGACCCCCAGCCACGGCUCGAGCAAGCGCUUCGAGGUGGAGAAUGGCCCCUCCCCGGCCAGGAGCCCCCUGGACCCCCAGGCCAGCCCCGGCCUCGUCCUGCACCCCAGCUUCCCGGCCGGCCAGCGGCGCGAGUCCUUCCUGUACCGCUCGGACAGCGACUACGACCUGUCGCCCAAAACCAUGUCCCGUAACUCCUCCGUCGCCAGCGAGUCCCACACGGAGGACCUGAUCGUGACGCCCUUUGCCCAGGUGCUGGCCAGUCUGCGCAGCGUGAGGAACAACUUCUCCAUCCUGGCCAACGUCCCGACCCCAACGUCCAACAAGAGGUCCCCUGUGGGCAGCCAGUCGACCUUCUGCAAGGCGAUGCUGUCAGAGGAGACCUACCAGCAGCUGGCCAAGGAGACCCUGGAAGAGCUGGACUGGUGCCUGGACCAGCUGGAGACGAUCCAGACCUACCGCUCCGUCAGCGAGAUGGCGUCCAACAAGUUCAAGAGGAUGCUGACCCGUGAGCUCACCCACCUGUCGGAGAUGAGCCGCUCUGGAAACCAGGUCUCCGAGUACAUUUCCAGCACGUUCCUCGACAAGCAGAACGAGGUGGAGAUCCCGCCCCCCACGCAGAAGGAGCGGGACAAGAAGAAGCAGCAGCAGCCCAUGUGCCAGAUCAGCGGCGUGAAGAAACUCAUGCCCAGCUCAGGCCUGACCAACUCCAGCAUCCCCCGCCUCGGGGUCAAAACCGACCAGGAGGAGCUGCUCAGCAAGGAGCUGGAGAAUCUCAACAAGUGGGGCCUGAACAUUUUCCACGUCUCCGAAUAUUCCAAGACCCGCUCGCUCAGCUGCAUCAUGUACACGAUAUUCCAGGAGAGAGAACUGCUGAAAACCUUCAAGAUCCCGGUGGAGACGCUGCUGACGUACGUGCUGACGCUGGAGGAGCACUACCACGCCGACGUGGCCUACCACAACAGCCUGCACGCCGCCGACGUGGUCCAGUCCACGCACGUCCUGCUGGCCACGCCCGCCUUGGAUGCUGUCUUCACCGACCUGGAGAUCCUGGCCGCUCUGUUUGCAGCCGCCAUCCAUGACGUGGAUCACCCGGGCGUCUCCAACCAGUUCCUGAUCAACACCAACUCGGAGCUGGCCCUGAUGUACAACGACGAGUCAGUCCUGGAGAACCACCACCUGGCCGUAGGCUUCAAGCUGCUGCAGGAGGAGAAUUGCGACAUCUUCCAGAGCCUCAGCAAGCGCCAGCGCCAGAUGCUACGCAAGAUGGUUAUUGACAUGGUCCUGGCCACCGACAUGUCCAAGCACAUGAGCCUCUUGGCCGACCUCAAGACCAUGGUGGAGACCAAGAAAGUGACAAGCUCCGGGGUGUUGCUGCUAGACAACUACACGGACCGGAUUCAGGUCCUGCGGAACAUGGUUCACUGCGCCGACCUCAGCAACCCCACCAAGCCGCUGGAGCUGUACCGCCAGUGGACCGACCGCAUCAUGGAGGAGUUCUUCCGGCAGGGCGACAAGGAGCGGGAGCGGGGCAUGGAGAUCAGCCCCAUGUGCGACAAGCACACGGCCUCCGUGGAGAAAUCCCAGGUGGGCUUCAUCGACUACAUCGUUCACCCGCUGUGGGAGACGUGGGCGGACCUGGUGCACCCCGACGCCCAGGAGAUCCUGGACACGCUGGAGGACAACCGGGACUGGUACCACAGCAUGAUCCCGCAGAGCCCCUCCCCGCCCCCGGACGAGCAGGACAAGGCCGAGGAGGCUUGCCUGGAGAAAUUCCAGUUCGAACUGACGCUGGAGGAGGAGGGCGAGGAGUCGGAUCAGUCGGGCCGCGAGGAGGAGGAGCUGCCCUGCCUGUCCCCGGAGGAGGGGGGCGGGCAGAACGGACUGGCACACCACACAGCCCCUGGGGCACCGUGACUCUGGGCUUCGGCUAGGCCGCCCGGCGGGAAACAAAACUAAAACCACACACACGCACCCCCCGCCAUGGACUCUUUUUGGGGGGGGACCAACAAACAACUCCAUUUAAUUUAAUUUUGGUUUUAGUUGGGGGGAUUUUUAUUGUAUUUUUUACA